AUGCACUUCAUCACAUCCAUCUUCUCGCUCUUCGUAGCAUCUACCGCUGCUUUCCCUACCAAGCCUUCCUUCUCCACCAUGCCCGUCACCCGUGACACACCCGGAUACGCCCUCGCCUGCACAGGUGCUAACUUCACCGGCACAUGCCAAGAGUUCACUCUUCCCAUCAACACCUGCGUCGACCUACCUGCCAACCUCACCAAGCAAGUCACUUCCUUCGGUCCGGAUGCCGGCUCCAGAUGUUCUCUCUACACUGGCCACUGCAAUGACGCUGCACCAUACUUCGGAGGUGUUGUCAAGCCAGGUGUUCCCGACUUGAGCAAGACAACCAAGAACUUUGACAACAUGGCGGAGAGCUUCCUGUGUUUUAAGAUCUUCACAGCUGAGGACGACGCUGAGGAUGAUGUUCAGGACGAGUAG